AUGUGCCCCACAUUGACACCGAUCGCCGUUGAAAUCGCGGGUCUGGAUUGCGGAGGCGGGGCCGAGAUGCACAGACCUUCCGGCCGAAGUCUCCGGACGAUCGAUCGAAGUCAUUACGUCGACAUUACCGUAGCGAGACCUUUUGAAUCAGUUGAUGGCAGUGUAGGAACGAGUGAAUACAUCAAUCGGUUCGUCAAAAAGAAGAUACCGUUGAGCGGUGAGUAUGGCAUCCUGGAGUAA